AUGUCAACGUUCAAAAACAUCAUCCUCAUUGGCGCCAUGGGCUCCAUCGGCAGCGUCGUCCUGGCUGCCCUGGAGAAGGAGCCCAGUUUCACUAUCACUUUAGUACAACGUGCCUCUUCCAAAGCCACGAUGCCUGCGCACCUCAAGACAAUCACCGUUUCUAACUCGUACCCUACGAACGAGCUGAUUCCUGUAUUUCGGGGUCAGGAUGUUGUCAUCAACUGUAUGACCUCGCUGUCGGUGGCCGAUCAGUUUCGCAUCAUUGACGCUGCCAUCGCGGCCGGUGUGCGCCGUUAUGUACCCAGCGAGUAUGGCCUCAACAAUACGAGGCGCGAUGCCCAGGCUCUGAACCUUGUCUUUCAUGACAAAGGUAAGAUUCAGGAGUACCUCCGAGCUAAGGCCCAGUCAGGAGUCAUUGAAUGGAUGAGCAUAUCGUGCGGCAUGUGGCUUCGCUGGUCUAUGGCAAAUGACUUCCUCGGCAUGCACAUUGGCGAGCGACGAUUUGUCUUUUGGGAUGAUGGCGAGGGCUAUUUCUCUUGCACCACCGAGGAGAAUUCGGCUCAGGGCUUAGUCAACGCCCUGCUUGCCGCUGGGACUGAUCGCGACGACUGGAAGAAUACCAACAUCUAUCUGAGUGACUUUGCCAUCACCCAAAAGCAAUUACUCGAGGCCAUUGAGCGCAUCCAGGGUGUCAAGUACACGACGGAAACUAUUGACAGCUACAGCUUCAUUAAAGAGAAACAGGCUGCCGUAGCUGCUGGCGACGUCGUGGGUACCUUUGCCCUCAUAGAGACUGGAUUUGUUACCGGACGUUACGGUGGCCACCUUGAGAAAGAAGGCGAGAUCCAGAAUGACAAGCUCGGUUUGCCAAAAAAGUCACUGGAUGAAGUAGUCGAGGCUGCCUUGAAGGCCUAUGGGGAUAUUUAA